AUGUUUAUACUCGAAAAUGUUACCAUCAAAAAUUUGAUUAUAGGCGCAAGUUCCAUAACAAGAUCUAUCUUCCUCCCUCGGACUCCAAUGGCGAUCAAGAGGGGGGUAUCAAGUUUCGGCGUCCAUAGAAACAGAGGUGGUGGUGGAUCUCGUUUUCCAGUGUUCACCCUUGUGUUAAUUUUAGUUCUUGCUCCCAUGGUGUUCUUCGUUGGACGUGGGAUUUAUUCGGCUGAUUCAAUUGAUCAAAAUGAUUCCUCAAGUAGUAAUAAUAAACAAGAUGUAGAUUGGAGAACCAAACUUGCUUUGCAACACAUCAAAUCUCUUCUCUCAAAGGAGGUUAUUGAUGUCAUCAAGGCCAACACAGAUGACUUAGGACCCUUGAGUCUUGAUUCUUUUCGUAAACAAAACUUUUCAGCUUCUUGGAAGUUUUCAGGACAAGAAAAUGUGAUUGAUAUUAGUUCAACUUCUUCUGAGAAUGUGGCAACUAAUAAACAAGAAACCCCAAAAGGCAAACAAGAUAGUUCUUUAGAUGAUGAUCAUUCUCAAUACGUGGAGACACCCACAAUGCUAGCAAGAAGGAAACUGAGAGACAAAAGGCGUGAAACACGAGCAGCUGGUUUAAUGAAACAAGAUGAAGAUGUAAGUAUAAAGCUUGAAAAUGCAGCAAUUGAAAGAUCCAAAUCAGUUGAUUCUGCUGUUUUGGGGAAGUAUAGUAUAUGGAGGAAAGAGGCUGAUAAUGAGAAUAUAGAUACAACUGUUCGUUUGAUAAGAGAUCAAAUCAUAAUGGCUAGGGUUUAUGUAAGCAUUGCAACUAUGAAAAACAAAACAAACAUGGCUCAUGAGCUACAAAUCCGAAUUAAAGAAAGUCAACGUGCUUUAGGAGAAGCAACAACUGAUAAUGAUCUUAAUCAAAGUGCCCCAGAGAAAAUAAAAGCUAUGGGACAAUUGUUAUCAAAAGCUAGAGAUCAACUUUAUGAUUGCAAGUUAGUUACAGGGAAGUUGAGAGCUAUGCUUCAAUCUGCAGAUGAACAAGUUAGAAGCUUGAAAAAGCAAAGCACUUUUUUAAGCCAAUUAGCAGCUAAAACAAUUCCAAAUGGAAUUCAUUGCUUAUCAAUGCGUUUAACAAUUGAGUAUUAUCUUCUUUCACCUGAAAAAAGAAAGUUUCCAAGAAGUGAGAAUCUUGAAAAUCCAAGUCUAUAUCAUUAUGCUCUUUUCUCUGAUAAUGUAUUGGCUGCAUCUGUUGUUGUCAACUCUACAAUCAUGAAUGCUAAGGAACCAGAGAAACAUGUUUUCCAUCUUGUUUCUGAUAAAUUAAACUUUGGAGCAAUGAACAUGUGGUUUUUAUUAAAUCCUCCAGGAAAAGCCACAAUUCAUGUAGAAAAUGUUGAUGAAUUCAAAUGGCUAAAUUCAUCAUAUUGUCCAGUUCUUAAACAACUAGAAUCUGCUGCAAUGAAAGAGUUUUACUUCAAAGCAGAUCAUCACACAACCCUUUCAGCUGGAUCUUCAAAUCUAAAAUACAGAAACCCUAAAUAUCUUUCCAUGUUAAAUCACCUCAGAUUUUAUCUCCCACAAGUUUAUCCUAAAUUAAACAAGAUCCUUUUUCUUGAUGAUGACAUUGUUGUUCAAAAAGAUUUGACUGGGUUGUGGAAGGUUGACCUUCAUGGGAAAGUCAACGGGGCUGUUGAAACAUGUGGUGAAAGCUUUCAUCGCUUUGAUAAGUAUUUAAAUUUCUCAAAUCCCCAUAUUGCCCGUAGCUUUGACCCUAAUGCAUGUGGAUGGGCUUAUGGGAUGAAUGUUUUUGAUCUCAAGCAGUGGAAGAAGAGGGAUAUAACUGGAAUUUACCACAGGUGGCAAAGCAUGAAUGAGGAUAGGGUUUUAUGGAAGCUUGGGACAUUGCCACCAGGAUUAAUGACAUUUUAUGGGCUUACACAUCCACUUGACAAAUCAUGGCAUGUACUUGGUUUAGGGUAUAACCCAAGCAUUGAUAAGAUUGAUAUCGAGAAUGCAGCUGUGGUUCACUACAAUGGUAACAUGAAACCAUGGCUUGAGUUAGCUAUGACAAGGCAAACAACCACACAUUGUUUAUUCUUGAGUAGGGAAGGAUGGAUGUUAUAG